AGUAACCAUCCAGGACGUUUUCCAAUUCAUCAGGCUCUUAGUUCAUCAGGCUGCUUGUAUCCUAGCUGCUUGUGCUUGUUGGGAGGGACUGUCUACCUACUAGACGCGUGCUGUGCCUUACGGAUUCUCCUGACUGCACCCGUACAGCAGCUAAUUAACAACCAGUCAUGAUGCGUAACGGGGCCCUCCGUGUUCUGGCCGCUGCCAUGGCCAGGCACUCAGCAGCCUCAGCCAGCGUGCCAGCACCCUUGGGAGGAGCCUCUCUGGCUCCUGCCGCCGGAACCAUGCCUCAAAUCCUCCACCGGGGAUUUGCCGGCGAUGCCAACCUGAAGCGCACUCCCCUGUACGACUUCCACGUGGCAGAAGGCGGUAAAAUGGUCCCUUUCGCGGGCUACAGCAUGCCGAUCCAGUAUAAGGACAGCAUCAUCGAUUCCACCCUUAAUUGCCGGACCAACGGUAGCCUGUUCGACGUCUCCCACAUGUGCGGGCUCAGCCUCAAGGGCAAGGAUGUGAUUCCUUUCCUCGAGACGCUGGUGGUUGGAGACAUAGCGGCUCUUAAGGACGGCACUGGUACCCUGUCGGUUUUCACGAACGAGAAGGGUGGGAUCAUUGAUGACACGGUUAUCACUCGGGUUACCCCUUCGCACAUCUACCUCGUCGUCAACGCCGGCUGCCGCGAGAAAGAUUUGAAGCACAUUGGAGCUCAUUUGGAGGCGUACAAGGCGGCCGGGAAGGACGUCUCGUGGGUGAUUCACGACGACCGUGCGCUGCUGGCGCUGCAGGGCCCUCUGGCGGCGCCAACGCUGCAGCCGCUCGUCGCGACGGACCUCUCCAAGAUGGCCUUCAGCGAUUUCACCAUGCUCAAGAUCGACGGCCACGACUGCUUCCUCACUCGCACGGGCUACACUGGAGAGGACGGUUUCGAGAUUUCCGUGCCCAAUGAGAACGCGCUGGCUCUUGCCAAGAAGCUUCUUGAGGUGAGCGAGGGCAAGGUGAGGCUCACCGGCCUUGGCGCCCGCGACUCCCUCCGCCUGGAGGCCGGACUCUGCCUCUACGGCAACGAUUUAACAGAGGAAAUUACCCCGAUUGAAGGCGCGCUGGCGUGGACAAUCGGGAAGAGGCGACGGGCAGAGGGAGGGUUCCUGGGAGCUGACGUCAUUCUGCAACAGCUGAAGGAUGGACCUGCCAGGAGGCGAGUGGGGUUGACGUCUACUGGCGCCCCUGCUAGAAGCCAUGUAGAGAUUCUGGAUAAGGAGGGGAAUGUGGUCGGGGAGGUGACCAGUGGAGGGUUCAGUCCGUGUUUGAAGAAAAACAUUGCGAUGGGGUAUGUGAAGAAUGGGCUGCAUAAGGCGGGGACGGAGCUGAAGGUGGAUGUGAGGGGGAAGAUGAAUGACGCUGUGAUUGCCAAGACGCCGUUUGUUCCCACAAAGUAUUACAAGCCAUGAGCAGAUGGUGGGAUGCUGCAGAUGCUCUGGUUCGAGGUGGUGUAGGUGAGGAGCCUAGACUCGUAGGGUCUGUUGUGUAUGUACACGAAAGACUGCAUGAUUGGAUUGUUUCACUUGGGGCAGUCUGAGUACUUCCUGUGACCAAUUACUGAAAAUGCCCUCAAGAGAAUUGCUUAGUAUCA